ACUAUGGCUCCAUCACUGGCCACAUCCUUCUCUCGCCGCUGGUGGAUGGCGGUGACAGCCGUCGUCGAAAACCUGCUGUUCUCUGCUGUGCUGCUUGGAUGGGGCUCCCUGCUCAUCAUGCUGAAGUCUGAGGGCUUCUAUUCCUACCUCUGCAAGGAGCCAGGAAACAGUUCAGACCAAAAUCAUCCUCAGGGAGACGAGAACUCCACAGUAAGCCCGGUCGGCGGAGAGGAGGAAGAGGAGUUCCUGACGAUGAAUGGCUGGCCCAUCUGUAAAGAUCAGGACGAGAUGCUCAACUUGGCUUUCACCAUCGGUUCCUUCCUGCUCAGCGCAAUCACUCUGCCCCUGGGUAUCGUGAUGGACAAAUAUGGGCCGCGCAAGAUCCGCCUACUUGGCAGCACCAGCUUCGCCGUCUCCUGCAUUCUGAUGGCGUAUGGAGCCAGCGAUCCCAAGAAUCUUUCCGUCCUGAUCUUCUUCGCCUUGGCGCUGAACGGGUUUGGAGGCAUGUGCAUGACGUUUACCUCUCUGACGCUUCCAAACAUGUUUGGUGACCUGCGAUCCACGUUCAUCGCCUUCAUGAUUGGGUCGUAUGCCUCCUCUGCAGUCACCUUCCCUGGAAUUAAGGUCAUCUAUGACCUGGGCGUGGCCUUCAUCACCAUUCUGUUGGUGUGGGCGGGUUGUGCCGGCCUCGUCUUCAUCAACUGCUUCCUCAACUGGCCACUGGAACCCUUCCCUGGACCCGAGGACAUGGACUACACAGUGAAGAUCAAGUUCAGCUGGCUGGGUUUCGAUCAUAAGAUCACAGGGAAGCAGUUUUACAGGCAGGUGACAACGGUGGGCAGGCGUCUGAGUGUAGGGAACUCCAUGAAGCAGCAUCCCAAAGAGCUGACCACCCAAGAGGGAAACAAACUCUGCCUGUCCACCGUGGAUUUGGAGGUCCAGUGCAAGAGAGAGGAUGAGUGUAAGUCCCAGUCUUUCAUGCGCAGUAUCUUCAGUCCCAUCUUCCUGCUCAGCCUGGUCACCAUGUGUGUCACCCAGCUACGUCUCAUCUUUUACAUGGGAGCCAUGAACAACAUCCUAAGCUCCCUGACUGAUGGCGACCUCACCACAGUGAGUACAUACAGUUCCAUCUUCGGAGUGUUGCAGCUCCUCUGUUUGCUGACGGCUCCUGUAAUUGGCUAUGUCAUGGACUGGAAACUCAAAGACUGCGAGGACGAGACAGAGAAGCAAGUCACUAAGGACCCCACACAGCCAAAAAAGCGUGACAGACAGAUUCAGAAGAUCACCAAUGCCACUCGAGCUUUCAUCUUCACCAACCUGCUGCUGGUCGGCUUUGGAGUCAUCUGCUUGGUGCCAAAUCUCCCCCUGCAGAUUCUGUCAUUCGUCCUCCACACCAUUGUGAGAGGUUUUAUCCACUCUGCUGUCGGUGGUCUCUAUGCUGCUGUAUACCCCUCCUCUCAGUUUGGCAGUCUGACUGGCAUGCAGUCCCUCAUCAGUGCUCUGUUUGCCCUGCUGCAGCAGCCUCUCUUCAUGGCCAUGAUGGGCCCGCUGAAUGGAGACCCUCUCUGGGUGAACGUGGGCUUACUGGGGCUGAGCAUGCUGGGAUUCUGCCUGCCCUUUUACCUGCUGUUCUACGGCAGACAGCUCCGCCGCAGGAAACAGGAACGCGAGGAGGACCCCAAAAUCUAUGUGAAGAUGAAUAACGGGGCAAAACCUGAGGCCUUCGUGUAAAACAGACAGAGAGAGAGAGAGAGACACACAGAGAUGGAGUGAGAGGAUUGAGAUGGAGUGAGAGGGGAGAGAAAAAAAAGAAGUGGAAGAGGAGGAGAAAAGGACACAGAGAGUUUAACCUGUGGCACGCCAUUAACGCCUCCUCAAUCCCUCCUUCCAUCUGCACCUGCACUCAAAAUGUAG